UGGUGGGAACAUCCGGCAUUUCGGCUCUUAGGCUCCCCGUCUUCAACCGCCAGUACUGGUGGUACCCUGUGAUGAAUUUUGAUUCGGAAAGGACAACGGUCAAAAGUGAGACAUAUAGCAAGAAGUCUGCUCUUACUGCUCUGAGAGUCCUAUGGAAUGGAGACACCCGUCAGUGGAACAACGGCCAAUGUGCCCGGUGGUACUUUACCUUUAACGGCACAGAGUGCAGCAAUCCGGGCACCAUAGAAAGUGUCAAAUACACCUACUACUAUGAUGCAAGCUCUGUCAAUUUACAUAGCCCAUUUACAGUACAAGGGACAUGCGUGGGUCUGCCAGCUGGGGACAUCACUUUGAAUUUUGCCGUGUCUCAUUGUUCUGGAUACAGUGGGGAAAACGCCUACACCGCCUGGGGGAGUGCAAGCAAUAUGAUGGCAGAAGAAAUUUUCCUGGACACCUACUGAUAUACAAGUCUGUAACAAGGCAUAAAUUAAACAUCGACGCCUUUGUACCUUCAUAAAAGAAUGUUUUUGCAGUACUUUUCAUUACUUUUUGUUUUCGUUUUUAUGUAUGUGACGCUGCAACAGAAAUGAAAUGUUUCUUAUUGCAUGUUUGCGUUAUUGAUUUGCUUAUCUAUUCUCAACCCGGUUAAGCCAACCAUUAACUGA